AUGUCAAACAAGACAAGUAUGACUUCCGAUAGGGAAGAUUCAACGUCAGUGGCACUAGUGAAGGAUACAGGCUCUACAAAUAAUACUACAAAUAAUAAUGGUACAGGAUUUAGAGUUGCUCAAGCUUGUGAUCGAUGUAGGUCAAAAAAGACCAGAUGUGAUGGGAAAAGACCACAAUGUUCACAAUGUGCUGCAGUUGGUUUUGAAUGUAAAGUUAGUGAUAAAUUAAUCAGAAAAUCAUUUCCAAGAGGUUAUACCGAAAGUUUAGAAGAACGUGUAAGAGAAUUAGAAGCAGAAAAUAGAAGAUUAUUGGCAAUUUGUGAUUUAAAAGAACAACAAAUCAAUAUUGUAACAAAUUAUUCUUCUUCAACAAAUGAGAACAAUAAUGAUAAAAAUUUAAUAGAUAAUGAAUCUAAUUAUUCAGAUAAUAUUAAAGAUAAUUCAACUGAUAAUGAUAAAAAAAUUAACUUAACAAAUACAUCAAAUAAUAAAGGUGUACUAAAUGUUUCUCAAACAAAUUUAGUUUUAUUAUCUCAACAGACUCAUGAUAUUAUAAAACAAGGUAAUAUAACAGAUCAACCUCAUGAUGAAGAACAAAAUCAAAAUAUGAACCAAUCUCAAUUUUCUAAUAAAUCUAUGACUGAUACGGAUCAAACUUCAAAUAAUAUAUCUCCGAUAAAUCCAUUAGAUGCAGUUGAUAUUAAAUAUCAUACUUCUUCAACGCAAAGUAAUAACCAUAUUUGUAAUAGUGGAUGUUGUGAUAAUCAUAGUUUAAUAACAACAGUAAAUAAAAAUGGAGACCCUAAGGAUAACUUAAAUAGUAAAGUAACGUCCAAUAUUGGAUCUGGAGGAGAGUCAUUAGAAAAUAAGAUGCAUGCAAAACCCGUUGCAACAACAAAUUUAAAUGAUCCAACAACGAUAUCGUUUGAACAAGAUGAAGCUCCUGGUCUAACAGCUGCAAAAGCUUUGAAAAAAAUUAGAAAUCAUGAAAAUUCAACACAACUAGCUACUUUAGUAUCAUUAUCAAUACCUAGAUCUACAGAGGAGAUUUUAUUUAUUCCACAAUUAAUGGCAAAAAUUAAACAAACUUUUGGAUUUACUUCAAAACAAAGUUUAUAUACUGUGACAUUAUUAUCGUCUUUAAAAAGUGAUCUUCCAAAACCAAAUUAUAUUAAAUCUAAAAAUAAUGAUAAUGAUUUUUUAGCUGCAGAAUCAAUGAAUUUUUCCUUUAUAGAGCGUACAAAUUUAUGGGAUAUUGAUGAUCUACAUCAUUUUUUGAAAGAAGUUAUGAGAUUAGAUAUUUUAGAUGAGGAUACUGUAAUUCAAGAUCAUACAAUGCAUACUUCAUUAAAUUUUUAUUUAAGAUUCCAUGAUAUCGAUGAAUUAAUACAAUUAUAUUUUAAACAUUGGUCUAAUUUAAUACCCGUUCUCAAUAGAGAAGAAUUUUUCUUACAUUAUAGUGAUUUUAAGAAAGGUAUAUUUGAAAUGAAUAAUGAUAAAAAUAAAAUAUUUAAUCAGGAUAAAAUCGGAACUUUCAAUUAUAAAUUUUUUGCGACAGUAUUAGUGAUUGUUUGUCAAAUGGGUCUAUUGAUUAAAAUUAAAAAUAACAACAAUAAAGGUGAUAAUAUUCAUAAUAUAUCUGCAUACUUUCACAAAUUAAUCUAUUAUUUCCCAAGAAACCCUUAUUUUGUCUUCUCUACUACUUCCGUGAAGACUUUACAAUUAUUAUCUAUGAUACUUUAUUAUCAUUUAAAUACCGGUGAUAUUCUUGAAAUUUAUUCAUUGAGAGGUAAAAUUAUUUCCAUGUCUCAACAAUUAAGGUUACAUCGUUGUCCUAGUGCUGUCCUUGUUGGAUCUGGAUCUACAAUGAAUAAGUUUGAACAAAGUAAUAGAAGAAUCCUUUUUUGGACAAUUUAUUACUUAGAUGUAUUUGCAUCCUUACAGUUGGGUGUCCCUAGAUUAAUAAAAGAUCACGAAAUCGAAUGUGCUCUGCCAAUUGGUGCAACCACAGAUGGUAUGAGUAUGUCUUCUGAACAAGAUGAUGAAGAUGAUCCAUUAAGUCGGGGCCAAGGGAUGUCUCCAACUACAGUUAAAUUAGAAGGUACUGUAUCGCAAUUUUCAUUAGCAAUUAUUAGAUUUGCAAAAGUAAUGGGCAAUAUUUUAGAUAUUAUCUUCAAAAGAAAUAUGUCUGAAUCAAUAACGAAACAAAUUGCAUUAAUCCAUGAAAAUGCUUUGGAUAAUUGGAGAUUUAGACUUCCAGCAAAAUAUCAAUUUAAACUCGAUGUUACCGGCACAAUCGAUAUGGACCAACUUAAUCAAGGUAACGAAAACACUUUACUGAUUAUACUCUAUUUUUUGGCUAAAUCGAUAAUCCAUUUACCUGUUCUAGCCUGUAAACCAAUAGUGAUAGAUGCUAAUCGUGACCCCAAAACUGAUAAAUUGGAUAGAUCAUCAUCGGCAUUUGUUUCGCUACAACAGGCAAUAAACACUAUGCUUUCAGCUUUUAACUCUAUUAGUUCCACAUAUUUUGCCCUACCUAUUGAUUCUUCAAGAACAUUAGCUAGGUUUUCUGUCAUGAGCGCUCAAGGAUCACUUGACUAUAUAAAGGGAGGUUCACUAUACAUUGAUAACAAAAAAUUAUUAUUGAAUAUUAUUCAAUCUAUUGAGAACGAUAGAAAAUUGGAUUUACCAGGUGUUAUUUCUUUUCAUAGUUUAAAACUUCUAGAUCUUACAAUUAACUUAUAUCUACAAGGUACUAAUAUGAAACCUGAAAAAGUGGAGAAGUUUUUACAAAGGAAGAUAAACUAUUACAAUAAAUUAAUGGGUAAACCUACUAUUAAGAAUAUCGAAUCUCAGAAACGUUCAAACAAGAAAGUUGAAAAAGACCAAACUGAGAUCAAUAAUAAUUCUGAACAAAUAAACAAAGAAAAUUUGAAGAAUAAUGUUAAAUCUGAGACCAGUGACCUUCUAAUAAAUACACCUGAAAUUAAACACGAAGAGACGGCACACUUGUUACAGCCGAUAAGAGGUAAUAACCUAGAUCCGGAAUCAACACAAACUGCUUUUGCUGAGGCUCUCCAAUUGGAUCCUGUCCUAAAUUCUAAUCGUUCACAAUUUAGUAAUUUUGAUUUGGGGAGUCUCUUUGCCAAUACUAAUCCUGGCAAGAAAAGUAACCAAAUUUCCAAUCAGGAAAAUAAUGCUACGAAUGCUAAUGGAGCUUCUAACACCAAAGAUAUAGCAAACAGUUUGAACAAUUCAUUUAGUGCGAUAGAUAAAUUCUUUAGAAUCCCAAGUAGCGGGGAUUUCAUAGCUUCACUACAGCAAUUGUCAGAGGGUGCUAACGAGAACAAUAGCAACCACAAUAAUAUGGAAUUUGGUAAUUCUCUUUCUCAUAAUGAGAAUAUCAACAAUAACAGUGGUUCAAGGCCUUCUAAGAUGUCUAAUAACAAUUUAUCCACAAUGAUGAUGUUUUUAAAUAACGAUUUUGCAUUUUCUUCUGGCGAUAUUAAUAAUUUUUUUAAUGGUAACUCCCAACAAACUAAUACAAAUACCCAUGAGUACAACGAAAAUAACUAUAUUCCAGAUCCAUCAAAACCACAAGGAGAUUAUCCAUCUUAUAAUGGACAACAGGCAAAUAAUUACAAUUCAAACUAUGAUUUUAUUGUUGACGGUUCAUUAGGUUUGGCACCUCUAUUAGUUAAUGAUUCUACUGCGACACCAAAAUCGAUAGAUGGUACUCCUCACAUAGUACAACAGUCAAAUAAUACGCAAAGAAGAAACACAACUAAUAACAUAAAUAACGAUACAGUGGACAACAUGGACAAUCACCUUGCCGGUAAUAAUGAGCUAAUGUUAGAUAUUCCUCGUAGGUACACUUAUAAUGGUACAGAUAUUAUGCCAAGUGAUAAUUCGCAUAGACCUACUAAGAGAAGAAAGAGAAAUACUGAUGCUGCCAAUGAUCUGUAUCAGUGGCAGAAUUCGAAAUAA